CGAAGCUUAAGUGACAGGCGUUCCCAGCUACCGGAGUAGCUGUACUGGCACUUAAACUGUAGACAUGUGUGGAAUCUUUGCCUAUCUCAACUACCAUGUGCCAAAAACUCGGCGUGAGAUCCUUGAGAUCCUCCUCAAAGGUCUCCGACGCCUGGAGUACAGAGGCUACGACUCAGCAGGCGUUGGAAUUGAUGGUGGAAAUGGAAAAGACUGGGAAUCAAAUGCCAAGACCAUCCAACUGAUUAAGCAACGUGGAAAAGUGAAGGCCCUCGAUGAAGAGAUCCACAAGCAGCAGGAUGUUGACCUGGAUGUGGAGUUCGAUGUUCAUGUUGGCAUCGCCCACACCCGCUGGGCCACCCACGGUGUCCCAAGUCCAGUUAACAGCCAUCCACACAGAUCUGACAAGUCAAACGAGUUUAUCGUCAUCCACAAUGGUAUUAUCACCAACUACAAAGACCUAAGGAAAUUCUUAGAGAGCAAAGGCUAUGAGUUUGAGUCAGAGACUGACACAGAAACUAUCGCCAAGCUGGUGAAAUACAUGUAUGACAACCGAGAAAGUGAUGACAUCAACUUUGCUACACUGGUGGAACGGGUGACCCAGCAGCUGGAAGGAGCUUUCGCCCUGGUGUUCAAGAGUGUCCACUACCCUGGAGAGGCAGUUGGCACAAGGAGAGGAAGCCCCCUGCUGAUGGGAGUAAGGAGCGAUCACAAGCUGUCUGCAGAUCAUAUUCCUGUGCUCUACCGCUCUGCUGGCAAAGACAAGAAAGGCUGCAGCACUCUACCCAGGACAGACCAGGACACCUGCCUGUUCCCUGUAGAUGAGAAAGCAGUGGAGUAUUUCUUUGCUUCUGAUGCAAGCGCUGUGAUCGAGCACACAAACCGGGUGAUCUUCCUGGAGGAUGAUGACGUGGCAGCCGUGAUGGAAGGCAGACUGUCCAUUCACAGGAUAAAACGCAGGGCCGGAGAUUAUCCAGCCAGAGCCAUUCAGACUCUGCAGAUGGAGCUGGAGCAGAUCAUGAAGGGCAACUACAGCUCCUUCAUGCAGAAGGAGAUCUUUGAGCAGCCAGAGUCUGUGGUCAACACCAUGAGAGGGAGGGUAAACUUUGACAACAACACAGUGACACUGGGUGGACUGAAGGACCACAUCAAAGAGAUCCAGAGGUGUCGGCGACUUAUCCUUAUUGCCUGUGGCACCAGCUACCAUGCUGGAGUAGCGACCCGCCAGGUACUGGAGGAGCUCACCGAGCUGCCUGUCAUGGUGGAGCUGGCCAGCGACUUCCUGGACAGGAAUACACCCGUCUUCCGAGACGACGUCUGCUUCUUUAUCAGCCAGUCAGGUGAGACUGCCGACAGCCUCAUGGCUCUGCGCUACUGUAAGGAGAGGGGAGCUCUGACUGUGGGCAUCACGAACACAGUAGGUAGCUCCAUCUCCAGGGAGACUGACUGUGGAGUCCACAUCAACGCUGGGCCUGAGAUUGGAGUAGCCAGCACCAAGGCCUACACCAGCCAGUUUGUGGCUCUGGUCAUGUUUGCACUCUUGAUGUGCGAUGACAGGAUUUCCAUGCAGCCCAGACGCCGUGAGAUCAUCCAGGGCCUGAGAGUGCUUCCAGAUCUCAUCAAGGAGGUGCUCAGUUUGGAUGAUGAGAUCCAGAAGCUGGCGACGGAGCUGUACCAGCAGAAGAGUGUGCUGAUCAUGGGUAGAGGAUACCAUUAUGCUACAUGCCUUGAAGGAGCACUGAAAAUUAAAGAAAUCACAUACAUGCAUUCAGAGGGCAUCCUGGCCGGAGAGCUGAAGCACGGUCCGCUGGCUCUUGUGGAUAAACUCAUGCCAGUCAUUAUGAUCAUCAUGAGGGAUCACACGUACACCAAAUGUCAGAAUGCGCUGCAGCAAGUUGUCGCCCGACAGGGCCGGCCCAUUGUGAUCUGUGACAGAGACGAUUACGAGACCAUCAAGAACUCCAGCCGCACCAUCAAAGUGCCUCACAGCGUGGACUGUCUGCAGGGCGUGCUGAGCGUCAUCCCGCUGCAGCUGCUGUCCUUCCACCUGGCUGUUCUCAGAGGUUACGACGUGGACUGUCCAAGAAACCUGGCCAAGUCUGUGACAGUGGAGUGAAGUGCACCGUUCAUCACUUGGCAACAAAAGCCUGCCAGACACAAACAUGCAUGAAGGCGGCGAGGGAGCCUCUGUCCACAGAGGCUCAGAUGCGAUGAUGUUGUGUUUUUGUGUCUUGUAUCACGGCUUUUUUUAAUGCAAUCUUUUACUCAGCAGUCGUGUAUCUCACUGUUGUAUACUCUUUGUACAUCUAUUUUCCCAUCAUUGUCGUAUUAUUGUUCGAGAAGUAGUUCUGUCAUUGGUGGCGAGGUCUGGGCUGGUACUGUUAUCUAUCCUUGUUUUCUCUGUGGGUACGUGAAGCCGUAGCAACUGACAGUGACCUUUUAGGUGUUUUCACAUUCACCCCAGAUACUCGUUUUUAUAUGUCGUCUCACUGAAAGCAUCUGUGAGCUGAUGUUAAAGUGUUAAUUGACAGGAUUUAGAUUUUAAAGACCUUACUGGCUUUUUUUUUCUUCUCUAGUGCAAUGAUUUGUAGUUUAGUUGGGAGAUUUUUUUUUGGCAGCUAAUCAUUCGAAGUGUCUUUAACUCCACUGUUGAAGUACGCAGCAGUCUAGUAUCAUUCCAAGCCACAGGUUCAGCACUUCAUGAUUGUAGCGCAGUUUGCCAGUUUUUACUCAGUUUCUCUUUUUGGACUUUCUUCUGAGGACGUGGGAGCGGCAUCACAAACUGGACGACUGAAACGCUUGUGAAUACACUACUGUGUAAAGCUGCUCCUGCAUCAGAUUUCAAACGCUGGGUUUGAUUUUUUUGCUUUGAUACUGAAGCACUAUUGUGUCUUUAUAGCUCAAAGCUAUGCAUGCACCAUUUAGUUUACAACUCUCUGUUGCCUCACUGCUUUAAAAACAGACCUUGUUGCUAAUUAAAGGUCUCCAGUUUACAUUAAAAUUACAAACUGAAGAGAUUCAAGUGAAAUGAAGUUAUAAACCUGAAGUAGAAGGCCAGCCCUCCCCCUGCCACCACGACUGCUGCAAUACUGGGACCAUUUGAAGCUUUUUAUUUCUUCUUUUGUUACAUUUUAUUUUUUAAAAAAGGAAUUUUUUAUCAUUGAAGUUACUCUAUGAUUUGAAAUGUGAAUGUUACUGUCAUUUAAAAUGUCCUGUCAAACCAAAAAUUUCUACAAUGGCGUUGGCAGAUGUAAACCAAAACAUGCAUAUAUAUUUUAUAUGUUCUAUUGUUUUGUAGCCAAACUUGUACUCAUGCUGGUACUGUAGAUCGAGUGGUAAGAAGAUGCUGGGGUGUAGACACAUUUAAAUGGCAGUAUGUUUGUUUAGAGAGAGGCAGAUACCAGCUGUGUCUGUGCCUAUUAGUCUGUUUUAAACACAAAGGAAGGAGCGAUGUUGGACACGCAGAAACUGGAGCUGCUUUUUUAAACUCAUCUAUUGUAGAUUAAUGGUAUUUAUCUUGCUUUUACAAUCAAGCCUUAACUAUGUUUUUGUAUUUCUUUAUCCCAACAUUGAGCUUCUUCUGAGCCAAUGAAUGGUUCUGAAAAAGUGGACAAUGUUGUAACAGUUACUUUUUUAACCCCCACAUUCAUGAGCAGAUUUUGAUUUCUUAGACUGGGAAAAAAAAAGCAAAAAGACACUGCACUGAUCCUAAAAACAUCUGUUAGAAGCUGGUGGGUUACUGAGGGUGUGGGGGCUCUAUUUAUUAGUGGAACUGAUGCAAUAAAGUGUCAUGUAUUUCCCUUU